AUGCCCGCCCUCACUCAUGCUGAGCUUGCCUUGGGCGAGCCGCGCACAACUGGUCGUUCUUACCACCACGUUUCUUUAUCUCAUCUUUGCGCUGGUCUUCUCUUACUUACCGUCCUGGUCGUCUUACGCUUGGUGGCAUGUGGCGCUUUCUGGACUACGGCGAGCAACAAGUUCAAGAAGUCUCAAGAACACAAUCAACACGCCAAAGAUCAACUCAAUCAGUUGGUCAAUCAGCAACGGCUCCAUCAUCUCUUCGUCCAAGACGGGGGCUGGGUCAUGGAAGAAAGGUCACGUGGGGUCAGCAGUAACACCCUAGUUGCUGGGGCUGAGUCGACUAGGAAGAUCAGUCCGCAGGACGGUUUCAUGAGGGGAAAUGAGAAAGAUUCGGCUGAAGGCACAGAGAAGAGGAAUAGCGGCGACGUGAUGUUUGCGGACCAUGUCCUUCAGAUGGGCAAACCUCCGGGUCAUUCUCCCGCCCAGUUCAUGUUAUCGAGACCCCCGCAGCCUCCUCCUCUCACGCCCCCGGAGCUAUCGCCAUCGGUCUUCACCUACGACGAGCGUAGAAGGAGCUUCACGAAUGGUGUCUCGGAGCUGGAUGCAUCGUUCUUCGAGCAGCCGAACCCUGACUAUAUGUCAUCAACAUCAACUGGCACCUCGACAGCAACUCAGGAUGCGCAAACUACGAGAUCCUCCCCAGCACCCCGCCGGAGAUCAUACACCAAGACGCUCCCCAUUGGAAUUCCUUCUCAGUCAUCGGCUCUGAUUCUUGACGAUGACGCCGGCAUGGUUCUUUCUCCUUCGUCGUAUCCCCCAACGUCACCUCUACUACCGGGCCCUCCCCCUAUCUACGGCGAGAUCCGUUAUGAUGAGGCCACCAAGCAAGAGAUUCUCGUGCGAGGCGAGAUCAUCUCCUCCCUGGACGAUGCGGGAACCGGGUGGAAGAGGCAUACGAGAGUCUAUGGAGGCGGAGUCUGCCUUGCCUGCGCAGCAUCGGGUGACGAUGGCCACACCCAUGGCGGUUUCUAUGGAGAGAACGUCUUGCCAGAAGAGAAGCGCUACUAA